CAUCGAUACCUCAGUUUUCCAAUCUCGCUCUUUGACACCCUAAUCCUUUAAGUCUGCAUUCUGUACUUAGCUCCCUCAAAGAGUGGCGUUGGGUUUUCUUGAUCGGCGUGUCGAUAGGCGUUUAUCUUUUCCCUCUCUCGACGCUUUCCCUACACUCCAUUUUUUCCUCCUAAUCUCCUUUCACGAGUGGGUCGCUCUCAGUCGGCCUACGUCUUUCUACUCAAGAUGGCGAGUCGCGUCCAGCAAGACGUAUUCAUAGACGACUCGGACGACACUUGUCCACUCUGUGUCGAAGAGUUUGAUCUCUCGGAUCGGAACUUCAAGCCAUGCCCGUGCGGAUAUAAGAUCUGUCAAUUUUGUUUCAACAACAUCAGAAACAACUUGAAUGGUCUCUGUCCCGCAUGCAGAAGGCCGUACGACGACAAAACGAUCGAAUGGAAGGUUGUUAGUCCAGAAGAAUUUAAAGCGGACCUCGCGCAGCAAGCUCGAAAGAAGGCAGCUGCACGACAGAAAGAGGCCCAAAAGCGUGAAGUCGAAGUAUUGAAUCGGAAACACCUUUCAGGCUUAAGAGUCGUCCAGAAGAACCUCGUAUACGUCGUGGGGCUGAAUCCCAAGAUCCGCGAAGAGGACUUGUUGCAAACGCUUCGUGGAGAACAAUACUUUGGACAAUAUGGCAAGAUCGUUAAGAUCGUCGUCAGUAAAGCCAAAGAUGGCUCGCAUCCGAAUCAUUCUUUGGGGGUUUAUGUGACCUACGCUCGGAAGCAAGAUGCGGCGACUUGCAUCGCUGCGGUAGAUGGCUCACAAAAUGGCGACCGUGUAUUAAGGGCGCAGUAUGGAACUACCAAAUAUUGUUCGGCCUACCUGCGUAACGAGCAGUGUAUGAAUAGGAAUUGCAUGUUUUUGCACGAGCCGGGCGAGGAGAAUGACUCCUUUACGCGACAAGACUUGUCUUCCAUGAAUGUUGUCUCGACGCAGAGACCCGGACAAUCGAGUAACCCUAAUCAGCCUCAGCCGCAACCUCCUCCCCAGCAGACACCGCAGACCAUUGCCGCUGCUACAAUGACCCGUGAAAUGAGCCGGGAAGGUACAGGAAGUCCGGCUGAAAGCGGCGACGGCUCUGCGUUACCGGCUACAGUCAACUGGGCCACAAAGCAGCAAGAUCGAAGGACCAGUCAUCCAACGUCGGCAGCAGUACCUAGUCCCAGAAUAUUGAAUGCUGCUGUCGCUCCUCAGAGUGUCCCAGAGCCUGCUGAAGAGGACAAAUCGACCGGCAUAGAAGAACCGCCAUUCGCGUCCGAGCCUUCUACUCCCGCAGCAGCAUCACCUAGUCCAACAGUCUCACCCGAUACACCCUCGCAACGUGUCCAACAUCUGUUAAGGAAGCUGCUGAAGUCGGUCUGUUCGCCAACGUUCAAGUUCAAUUUUGCAGAGGGGAUGUUCACCGCUGAAGAGCUUGAAGCUAUGCGAUUUCUUCCUCUCUUUGAUAAUAAUGGUGGCAUUAAACGCCGUGCUGUUCGGGAGCAAGAGGAAAAGGAGCGUCAGGAACUUGAAGAGGAAGAAGUACAGGCGGCCCUUCAACAAGCGUCUGCUGGUGACUUUGAGGAAAACACGAGAAGCGGAAGCUUACAGCUUGGUGGCGAACCAGAUGUACAGCCAGGCUCUGUGGAAGGCACCGGCGAGUCACUACCAGAACCACGUCGACAGGUCAUCCAACCCCCUUCUCAACAACCGAUUCCUACCACUACCGCUCCUGCUCCCGGAUUCAGCACCCCCUUUGCUCUCGCCAACAAUCUGUCGAAUCUGACGAUCAAUGGCCGAAGCCUGACGCCCUUGCAACAGCAGCAACUGUUACUAUUGAGGUCAGGUAAUACUCAGGCAAGCAACGUCUUGGAUCAAUAUUCUCAGAACCUUGGACUUGCACAAAAUGCACAGCCGAAUGCUGGUCUUUUCCAAAAUCAGCAGCAACACCUGGCCGCUGCACAAGGUCACAUGCGUCAUUCUUCUCGCUUCACCUUUGCAAAUGAUUCUGCUUCCGCCUCUGCGUCUGUGAAGCCAGCUGCCAAUGCCAAGCUCAUGGCUCAACAGUCCUCUAUGAUGCCUACCAAUGCGCAUCAACUUAGUCAACAACUUUCUCAACAUCAGCCACUUGGACAAUUCCACGGAACUACCGUACAGGGCCCGCCCCCCGGUCUCAAACCCACCGGCACUCCACCAGUUACUGGAGGCGGCAUGUUUGGUCAAGGUCACGGUUUCGCUAACGCCAUGGGCGGUGGUAUUGGUUUCGGUUCAGCAAAUCUUCCACAAAAGGAGAACGGCGCGGAUCUUAUGCGGGAAUUGAUUCGAGGCCGAAGUGCAACUAGCAGUACUGGGACGGGUCAGUUUGAUGCCGCAAAGCGUGAGUACAUGAUUUCUUCUUUCCUCCACCACUAUCCUUCGACCUCAACUCCAGCCCCUGCUCCAGGCCUUCUCAGCUCGCUUUAUGGGGGACAGUCGGCUACCUUUCAGGACGCUGGACCCCAGAAGCAGAAGAAGAAGGGGAAGAAGCACAGACAUGCUAACACUUCCUCCUCUGGGGGAGGUGGAAUAGUUGAUCUUGCGGACCCGAGUAUCUUGCAGGCAAGGAUGCAUCAAGCAAAUGCUGGUUCAGGGCAGGGGCUUUUUGGUGGUCAUGGUCAAGGUGGGUACAACCCAGCGAGCAUGAUGUACAGUGGCGGUUUUGGAAGAUGGUAAUGUGGGCAUUUGCACAUAUUUGUAUCUUUUAUUCCCUCUUCCCACCCCUCCAUCUUCCCUUGAGCAAAUUCUUUAUUUCUUUAAUUGUCUAUUUGUUUUUUCUCCUUGCCCGUAUUAUCUACGGCUUUACCCUUUUGCAUUCCUGGUCAUGACGGGUACGAAAAUAUUUCUUUGAAAGCGAGGCAUGGGCAGAAGAUAUCGACUUGGUCUCAUACCUUUUUUUUUUAUUAUUCGGCGUUGUUGACGAAACCCUGGCAUUUCAUCUAUUUCAAUAUCCAGACGAUUGGGAUAUAUCUCUAGUAUCCCCUGGGCGUCGUUUGUUUUCCAUCUGUUGUUUCAUGUCAUUUCAGCCAGCUGCGCUUACGCAUUUUAUAAUGCUGUGGGGUAGAUUAUCCUUCACCUUCACGACACGCCCGUCUUCGUCUUCGUCAUGGCCAUCGUGUACGUUAGCUCCCCAGUCAGUACUGUGGUACCACGGGGAGAAUUGCAUUAGAAGACAC